CCGGGCGAGGGGCGCGCCGAGGGCACCGGGGCGCACGGAGCCAGGCGGCGCAGCACCAGCACUGUUUCAGCGCCGGGAGGCCACUGUGUCAGCAAGCUGAGAGGGGAAGUGAGGCAAGAUGUCGGGCCGGAGUGGGAAGAAGAAAAUGUCCAAGCUGUCCCGGUCGGCCAGGGCCGGUGUCAUCUUCCCGGUGGGGAGGCUGAUGCGUUACCUGAAGAAAGGCACUUUCAAGUACCGGAUCAGCGUGGGCGCUCCCGUCUACAUGGCCGCAGUCAUCGAGUACCUAGCUGCGGAAAUCCUGGAACUGGCUGGAAACGCUGCGAGGGACAACAAGAAGGCCCGGAUAGCCCCCAGACACAUCCUGCUGGCCGUGGCCAACGACGAGGAGCUCAACCAGCUGCUGAAAGGCGUGACCAUCGCCAGUGGGGGCGUCUUGCCUAGAAUUCACCCCGAACUGCUGGCCAAAAAGCGAGGGACCAAAGGAAAGUCGGAAACAAUCCUCUCCCCGCCCCCAGAGAAAAGAGGAAGGAAGGCGGCGUCAGGCAAGAAGGGGGGAAAGAAAUCCAAGGCCGCCAAACCACGGACGUCCAAGAAGUCCAAACCAAAGGACAGCGAUAAGGAAGGAACUUCAAAUUCCACCUCUGAAGACGGGCCAGGGGACGGAUUCACCAUCCUGUCUUCAAAGAGCCUCGUUCUAGGACAGAAGCUGUCCCUGACCCAGAGUGACAUCAGCCACAUUGGCUCCAUGAGAGUGGAGGGCAUUGUCCACCCAACCACAGCCGAAAUCGACCUCAAGGAAGACAUCGGUAAAGCCUUGGAAAAGGCUGGCGGCAAAGAGUUCUUGGAAACAGUGAAGGAGCUUCGCAAAUCCCAGGGCCCUUUGGAAGUUGCAGAAGCCGCAGUCAGCCAAUCCAGUGGACUCGCAGCCAAAUUCGUCAUCCACUGUCACAUCCCCCAGUGGGGCUCCGACAAAUGUGAAGAGCAGCUGGAAGAGACCAUCAAAAACUGCCUGUCGGCGGCUGAGGCCAAGAAGCUCACGUCCGUCGCCUUCCCACCCUUCCCCAGUGGCAGAAACUGCUUUCCCAAACAGACGGCCGCCCACGUGACCCUCCGGGCGAUCUCUGCCCACUUUGACGACUCGAGCGGGUCCUCGCUGAAGAACGUGUACUUCCUCCUCUUCGACAGCGAGAGCAUCGGCAUCUACGUGCAGGAGAUGGCCAAACUGGACACCAAGUAGCGCAUGGCUGGCAGGGAUCGCGGAGCGACGGCCGCGUGUCAUGAGAGUGGGGUUUUAUUUUUAAAAACAAAAACGAAACAAAACAAAAAAAAAAAAAAUGGAAGACAGGUGACCCAGCAGGGGAGUGGAGGGUGGCUGAGAGGGUUAGCAGAGGCGAUGGGAGCAGGUCCUGCCCCGGAGGGAGGCGGCCCUCUGCAUUUUAUAUUCUCCUUACAAAGGGCCUUUUUCGUAAUUAACCAGGUCUCUACCAGGAGUUUCUUUCCAUGUUUUUUUUUUCCUAUUGUUUUCGAACUUUUUAAAAAAGAAACAGACCUUGUUUAGAUUUAUAGCACUGACUUUUACACACACUCACAAAAAAAAAAAAAAAAAAAAAUCCUUUCAAGACUCUUAAAUCUUUGGUCCCUCCUUUUUCCAAGUAAAGAGGACAGGAGAGUGACUUGGGUCCAGUGGCUGUUUCCCACAAUGGAAAGAUGAGAAAGACAUCGCCUGGGUGCUUUUCUGUGUUAGGGCCCUGUCCCCUGACCCCUCGACCCUUAUGAUGUCUGUAACUACUCCUAAAAUGUUUUUGCUUCGGGCUUGGUUUUUUGGUUUCAUUUUGUUUUUUAAAGAAAAAGAAAAUGAAAGAAAAAAAAAAUAAAAGAUCCAGUGUCUUUCUUAUAA